AACGACUUCCACCAUGAAGCUCUUGAUCUUAGCGCUCGUGGCUGCUGCGUCCGCUGCCCCUCAGGGGUACAACCUGCCUGCCCCCACUGGUCCUUCCUUUGAGUCUGGGAGCUGUGGGGAUGGACAGGUGCGGCACGUGGACGGAAGCUGCGUCACACCGCAGGUGAACAGCCGUGUGUUCCUGUACGAUGUGCCAGCAAACGAAGGUGUCGUCAAUCGGCCAGACUACAUUCCAGAGCCUAAAGUGGAGCGCAAUAUCAUUUUUGUAAGACUGCCUGAAGGUGCAGAUGGACCAGAACCCAUCGUCGUACCACCGCCACAACAGCAACACGUGGUGUAUGUCCUGAACAAGCAGUCUGAACAAGACCAGCGAGUGAUCGAGGUUCCUGCACCACCGCCAUCCAACCCCGAAGUGUUCUUCGUGAACUACGCAGAAGGAGAGAACCCGACUCUUCCCAGCGGAGUAGACCUCCAGACGGCGCUGAGUUCAGCUUCCCAGGGCGGCGGUCAAGUUGUUGGAGGUGGUGGAGUUGGAGGAGGAAUCGGAGGUGGUAUCGGUGGCGGUAUCGGAGGUGGAAUCGGAGGUGGCUUUGGAGGCGGAAGUGGAGGUGGUAUCGGAGGUGGUUUUGGAGGCGGAAGUGGAGGUGGUAUCGGUGGCGGUAUCGGAGGUGGUUUUGGAGGCGGAAGUGGAGGUGGUAUCGGUGGCGGGAGGUGGAAGUGGAGUGGUAUCGUGGCGGUAUCGGAGGUGGUAUUGGAGGCGGAAGUGGAGGUGGUAUCGUGGCGGUAUCGAGGUGGAAGUGGAGGUGGUAUCGGUGGCGGUAUCGGAGGUGGAAGUGGAGGUGGAAGUGGAGGUGGGAUUGGCGGUGGAAGCGGUGGCGGUAUCGGAGAUGGAACUUACACUCCUCCUUCUAAUCUCUAUGGCACACCCUAAAAGUACCCGCGUGCCGAUUCCUUCAUCAUUCUAAAUGGACAUUUGAAGAAAUGUGGUUCAAAUGAAUUUGUUCUGAUGGACAGUAUAUGGACAUACAUAUACAUACAUACCUGAAU